UGGUCAACUCCUGAAAUCCUGAAUUGAAAACCCCUAUGUGAAAGUCAAAAUGAUUGUGGUGGACCUUAAAACUUCCAAAAAUGUUUGGCUGCUUGGACUUUUAUUUUUAUUAGGCACCUUGAGUUGGGAGAUCGCUGCACAAACUACUCAAAACAUCAAUGUGUUGUUCAUCAACGAGGUGGAUAAUGAACCGGCGGCCAAGGCGGUGGAUGUGGCGAUUACCUACUUGAAGAAGAACAUCCGAUAUGGACUCUCGGUACAAAUGGAUUCCGUAGAGGCGAACAAAUCGGAUGCUAAAGUGCUACUGGAAACCAUUUGUAAUAAGUACGCAACAAGUAUUGAGAAGAAACAGACGCCCCAUUUGAUCCUGGACACCACAAAAUCGGGAAUAGCCUCGGAAACGGUCAAAAGUUUCACUCAGGCCCUGGGAUUGCCCACCAUUAGUGCCUCCUACGGUCAGGAGGGGGAUUUGAGGCAGUGGCGCGAUUUGGACGAGGCAAAGCAAAAGUAUCUGCUGCAGGUAAUGCCGCCGGCAGAUAUCAUUCCCGAGGUUAUACGAAGUUUAGUGAGGCAUCUCAAUAUUACAAAUGCUGCCAUUCUGUACGAUGACACCUUCAUAAUGGAUCACAAGUACAAGUCCCUGCUGCAGAACAUCCAAACUCGUCAUGUCAUCAUUGCCAUAGCCAAGGAUGGAAAACGGGAGCGCGAAGAGCAGAUCGAAAAGCUGAGGAAUCUGGACAUAAAUAACUUCUUUAUUCUGGGCAAUCUGCAAUCGAUACGCUUGGUUCUGGAAUCCGUAAAGCCGGCGUAUUUCGAGCGUAAUUUUGCCUGGCAUGCCAUCACUCAGAAUGAAGGAGAGAUUAGCAGUCAGCGGGAUAAUGCAACCAUUAUGUUCAUGAAGCCCAUAGCGUAUACACAAUAUAGGGAUCGCCUGGGACUGCUACGAACCACAUAUAAUUUAAACGAGGAGCCCCAGUUGGCAUCGGCUUUCUACUUUGACUUGGCUCUCAGGAGUUUCCUUACCAUUAAAGAAAUGUUACAAUCAGGCGCCUGGCCGAAGGACAUGGAGUACAUUAAUUGUGAUGAUUUCCAAGGUGGUAACACACCUCAGAGAAACGUGGAUCUUCGGGAAUACUUCACCAAGAUUAGCGAGCCGACAUCCUACGGAACCUUCGAUCUCGUCACGCUACCCGGACAGCCCUUCAACGGCUACAGCUAUAUGAAGUUCGAAAUGGACAUAAACGUGCUGCAGAUUCGUGGUGGCAGUUCCGUGAACAGCAAAUCGAUUGGCACCUGGACAGCCGGUCUGGACUCACCCCUGGUCGUCAAGGAUGAGGAACAGAUGAGGAACCUAACUGCGGAUACGGUCUAUCGAAUCUUUACUGUUUUGCAAGCUCCCUUUAUAAUGCGCGAUGAGACGGCUCCGAAGGGAUACAAAGGAUACUGCAUAGAUCUAAUCGAUGAGAUUGCUGGGAUCGUUCACUUUGAUUACACAAUUCAGGAGGUAGAGGACGGCAAGUUUGGCAACAUGGACGAAAAGGGCGAAUGGAAUGGCAUUGUUAAGAAGUUGAUAGACAAGCAGGCGGAUAUUGGCCUUGGCAGCAUGUCUGUCAUGGCCGAAAGAGAGAUUGUGAUAGAUUUUACAGUUCCGUACUACGAUCUGGUCGGUAUCACCAUCAUGAUGCAGCGACCUAGUUCUCCCAGUUCGCUUUUCAAGUUCCUCACCGUUUUGGAGACAAAUGUCUGGCUUUGUAUCCUGGCUGCCUACUUCUUCACCAGCUUUCUCAUGUGGAUCUUUGAUCGCUGGAGUCCAUAUAGUUAUCAGAAUAAUCGGGAAAAGUACAAGGAUGAUGAGGAGAAGCGGGAGUUUAAUCUUAAGGAGUGCCUCUGGUUCUGCAUGACUUCCUUGACACCUCAGGGAGGUGGCGAAGCUCCUAAAAAUCUCUCUGGACGUCUAGUGGCUGCCACUUGGUGGUUGUUUGGCUUCAUCAUUAUUGCCUCUUACACGGCCAAUUUGGCUGCCUUUUUGACUGUAUCCCGUUUGGAUACUCCUGUUGAAAGUUUGGAUGACUUGGCCAAACAGUACAAGAUCUUGUAUGCUCCAUUGAAUGGUUCUUCGGCAAUGACAUAUUUCGAGCGUAUGGCCAACAUAGAGCAGAUGUUCUAUGAGAUUUGGAAGGAUCUAUCCCUGAACGACUCACUGACUCCUCUAGAGCGCUCCAAGCUGGCUGUUUGGGAUUAUCCAGUGAGUGAUAAAUACACCAAGAUGUGGCAGGCCAUGCAGGAGGCAGCUCUGCCAGCCACGCUCGAUGAGGCAGUGGCUCGGGUCCGGAACUCAACGGCUGCCACAGGAUUCGCCUUCCUGGGUGAUGCCACCGAUAUUCGCUACCUGCAGUUGACCAACUGCGAUCUCCAGGUGGUGGGUGAGGAAUUUUCCAGGAAGCCCUAUGCUAUUGCGGUUCAGCAGGGGUCACAUCUCAAGGAUCAGUUCAAUAAUGCAAUCUUGACCCUUCUUAACAAACGACAGCUGGAGAAGCUCAAGGAGAAGUGGUGGAAGAACGACGAAGCUCAGGCCAAGUGCGAGAAGCCCGAGGAUCAAUCGGAUGGCAUAUCCAUCCAGAACAUCGGUGGCGUCUUCAUUGUGAUCUUUGUGGGCAUUGGCAUGGCCUGCGUUACACUGGUCUUUGAGUACUGGUGGUAUAGAUACCGCAAGAAUCCCCGGAUCAUUGACGUGGCCGAGUUCACUGGGGAGCGAUCGGAUGUCAAGGAUCAGCCGGGCAAAAUGGCCGAAGGGGUUAUUCUUGGCCAUACGGGCGAGAAGUUCGAGAAAUCCAAUGCUGCACUGCGUCCGCGCUUUAACCAGUAUCCGGCCACAUUUAAGCCACGUUUCUAGAAUAACUCUGAUAGCAAUCAAUCGCAUAUUAUAGUAAAACGUGCACUGGGAUG